UUAAAAAAGAAAAUCUACUUUAAAGCAUGAAAUCGGCGUUUAGGAACGCCGUCGCUUUCAAAAGACUUUCUCACCGGUCGCUCCAUAAACCCUCACACUCUCCUCUCCACUUUCCCAUCACUGCCGCUCCUCCGCCAUCUCCGUCGCUUUUCUCUGGCAUCAAAUCCGAAACUUUUCGCCCGCUCUCUGCAUCUCUACGUUACUCCUCAAUGACGGACGGUGGGAGCAACGCGCCGAGCUCUUUGCAGAAGCAGUUCGAGGACUUCCGUGUCCAGCUGGAAGAGUCUGGAAGCGUGCGUGAGCGAAUAAGAGGCAUUGUUCUGGAGAUCGAGUCCACCACGAGGCUCAUGCACGCUGGCCUCCUUCUUGUUCACCAGUCCCGGCCACUUCCUGAGGUUUUAGAGAAGCCUAAGGCUCAAAUUGAUGUGCUGAAGGAGCUUUACGGUCAACUGGCUAAGUUUCUAUUUGAAUGUCCUGGGGAGUAUUACAGGUAUCAUGGUGAUUGGAGAAGUGAAACACAGAAUGUGGUUUCUCUGCUUGCUUUUAUGCACUGGCUGGAGACUGGAACUCUUCUUAUGCAUGCGGAAGUUGAACAAAAACUUGGCUUGCACCAUCCUGAGUUUGCUUUGGACAUUGAGGACUACCUUGUUGGUCUGUGUUUCCUUUCUAAUGAAAUGCCAAGGUAUGUGGUAAAUCAAGUGCUUGCCGGGAACUAUGAUUGCCCAAGAAAGGUAUUGAAGUUCUUAACAGAUCUUCAUUCUGCCUUCCGUAUGCUUAAUCUCCGAAAUGAUUUUCUGCGCAAGAAGUUUGACAGUUUGAAGUAUGACUUAAAAAGGGUUGAAGAAGUUUAUUAUGACAUGAAGAUCCGACAAUUAGCGAAUGGGGAUUCAACUGAAGAUCAUGGAACCAAAGCAGAAUCAUAGAUUGCAAUCAUUCCUCAUUUCAUCUUUGAUUACUGAACAGUCUUAGAUUUUAUGUUCUUUCGAAGAUGAUCAGGAAAGGAAUUAAUCGAGAUAAAAUAGGGUAAUUUUCAGAUCUUGUAGAUCUUUUUUUGUGGCAGUUUAUUUCCUUGGGAGAAUUUUAUAUUAGAAAACUUGAUAAAAUAAUACUAUUAUCUUAUAAAAGUUUUUUCA